AUGGCACCUUCUACGUUCGCUUCAGCUGCAGCGGGAAACAAUGCAAACUCCACUCGCGCCGAUGGUGGCGGAGAUUGGCCUCGCCGCACAAACGGUGCAACGCAGACCUUUCGCAGGCCCUCUCACGCUACCACCCUGUCAGCUUCCUCCCAGUCGCGCGACACUCCUUCCGGCGCUGCGGGAGUAUAUAUACCUCCUCAUCGCAGCGGACCCGCGCCCGAAAGCAGGUACAGCAGAGACCAGCUCCUUCAGUUGUUCAAGGCUCAGAAGGAAGCUGAAGGGUUUGGCGACGGACUCUCCGCUCUGUACGUUGGUGGAUGGCAGCCUUACAUUGCGAAUGGUACCUCCAGCAACACAUGGGGCAGGAGAGAGGACCAUGGCAAGGAGAAUCACAGCGCAGAUGUCUGCUGGGAUCGUGAUGGUACCGUACAGCCACUGGGGCUGGCCGAGAUGACGGAGGAGGAGAAAGAGCACUUUUCCACUUCGGUGAACUCACCGCUCAAGCCGCCAACCCAGAACAACAACAAGGAGGGCACUCCAAAGGAUGGAUUAUCGUUACGGAAGACUUCAAUCUCCCAAGCACAGAAUAGUCCCAGCGCGUUUGGUCUCUCAUCGCCUACCACGGCUCGUCCGGGGAACCGCCGGCGGGAGACUAGCGAUGCGUACCCUUUCCCAUCCCCGAAUACAUCUCGCUUCUCGCGCGAAGACUCCAGUGCUGCUACUCCGCCCCCCGCACUGCUCAGGAGGAGGACGGAUCUGAGCAAGGAGUCGAUCUCUGCGGCUGCGGCAGAGGAUAAGGAUAGGGAGAAGCCUCGAGAAGGCAACUCGGAGAACACCGAGCCUUAUAGUAAUCUCAAGCGGAGCACGACACAGCCUCUCAGCGCAGGACUCAAUGGACCUUCCUCUCCUUGGAGCUCAACGCCCCAGAGCACCGGGUUUACUCCGAUGGGCGCUUUCGGCAGUUUCGCGCUUGGACCCGCAUCUGGCCAAGCAUCAACGCCUACAGAGAAGAAACCCGGAUUUGGGAGCGUCAGGGGCGCCAGCAGAUUCAAGGAUUUGAUGACCAAGGAAAGCUCUGAAGAUCUCGGGAAGGCCGUCAAAGAGAAACCGUCCUUGGGUAGCCUUGGGAAGGUUAAUGAAGAGAAUUCUGAUCGACAGACAUUGUCUUGGAUGGAAGCUCGUUCCAAUCGCCAAACAAGCAACGGCACAGAUUCGUUCCCAGACGACGAAAAUGUCCGAUCAGGCAGCGCUGCGCUUGGAGGGGCGCAAGAUAGCCCUCCCCGCCGCCAGCCUUUCCCAGGUCUGGGAACCCCAAGCCGACAGGAGUCCAAGGACGAGUCGGCAUUCUCUGCGUUUGGGAUGAGUUCUGACGUCGGGUUCCGAGAUUUGCUCCACGGCCGUGAUCCUUAUCAACAUCAGACACCGCAGCAUCGUAACGUGACCGGCGCACCCGAACCAAUGAGCCCUACUGAUACAAAUCCGUACCGAAGCCCGGAGCAUGAGCGGGGAGGCGCUGAGGACGUCGAUGCUGAUGAGGCUGACGUCCAACACACUCACUUGCCCGGUCUUGGAGGGUUUACAACUGAAGCGGUACAGCCAUCUGGUAUGCUGCCGUUCAGCGGCCUUGCGGGUCUUGGUCGCGUGUCCGCGCCGUAUGAUGCGGCCGCUAGUGACAGGAGCCAAACGUCAAGCGUGGGACCAUCCAGGGGCUUUCCGAACCUUGGUGGACUCGGUGGUUUGCCUGGACUCGGAGGAGCUGCUGCUUGGCCGCCCGCCCCCCAACAGUCUAUUGGCACCCCGAUUCGAGAUAGGGCCGCGUUUGGUGGUCCCUUCGGAGAAGGUGCGUUCGGCUCUGUUGGCGAAUUGCAGUCGCCAAGCCUUGCAGGACUCGGAUCCAGCAGUAUUUUCGGGCCCAACUCGAGUAGCGGCUUAGGUGGCACCGGCACAAUCGGUCGGAGCAGUAAGAUGGGAUCGUUGUUUCCUGCAGCCAUGCAGGAGCAGAUGCGGGUUGGUGAGCAAGCUCGUCAGAUGCACGAGGAAGGUUCGAUCGAUGAUGAUCGUCAUCAACCUGCACUAGCGCCAUUUGGGCGCAACGCAUUUGGCAGUACUGCUCCAGGAAGCAUCGGUCCUGUAAGAGAGACCGAAAGUCCUUUCCGAAUGGGUGGUCGCGGCAUUCUUGACGACCUUCUCGGCGGUACUCUACGAGGUGCUGAGAGUCAUUACGCAGGCGAAGCGGUCGGGUCACCAAUUGGCCAGCCGCCUAACGUGUUCCAGUCGGCAAACCUGGCGUCAGUCGGCCAAGGGCCCAUCGGAACGCAGAGAAGUGUGCAACCACCCCAACCGCAGAGCGUGGGCAGCUCAGCCUCUUCUCAACCUCCUGCAGCUCAACAGAGAACCAUGGUCAUGCCUGACCGGAUGCGGUGGAUCUAUCGUGAUCCUCAGGGCAACACCCAGGGUCCUUGGUCGGGUCUUGAGAUGCAUGAUUGGUACAAAGCAGGCUUCUUCUCUCCCGAGCUCCUUGUCAAGAAAUACGAAGACCCCGACUACGAGCCGUUGGCGCAACUCAUCCGCCGUAUCGGCAACUCACGCGAGCCGUUCCUAGUGCCUCAGAUCGGCAUCCCUCACGGACCACCUACCACACAGGUCGGCAAUGUUUGGGCUGGGCCAGGUCCGCUCCCUAGCGGUCCUACAUCUUCCUCCGCAGCUCAGCCCCCGUUCGCGAGCAGCUUCCCAAGCUUUGGUACGACCUUGACCGCCGAUCAACAAAACGCUCUGGAGCGGCGCAAACAGGAGGAGCAGUAUUUGAUGGCACGCCAGAAAGAACAUCUUGCACAGCAGCAGGUGAUGGCUAAGCAGAUGCAGUUGCAAGGCCAGCAUGGCAUGGUACCGCAGCAGCUCCACCAUCAUUCCAGUGCCCAUAGUCUGCAUAGUCAGCCAAGCUUUGGCAGCAUUACAUCCCCUGGCGGAUAUCAGCCUUCGCCUACCCAAGGCCCUCUCCCGGGCUCACAAGGGGUACCGGGGUUCUUCGACAAUUCCUUUAGAGCACCACCAGUACCUGGGGUCGGUCCAAUCGGCAGUAUUAGGGAAGAGGACGUGCCUUCACUCAUGGAGCAGCUUAACCUUGGCGGCCGUGGCGGCCAAGCACGCGGUGGAGUUGGUCCGUUGCCUUUCGGUUUGCAACAGCAGCCAGAGCCUAACAUGCACGCGCAACAGGUCGCAGCUAUGCUCAACGAUCGUUCGCGUCUCCAACGUGAGCAAGCCGAACAGGAUUCGCGAAUGGCCCAGAACGAGCAACAAGCUGCUCAGGGUUUCGCGGAUCGCCUGCAGCAGUUCCAGGAGCUUAGAGGUGAAGAACAAAGGGCUCAAGAUAUCAGCGCAUCCCAGCCACAGCAAGGCGUCAUUGGCAAACAGCAUGACGAGAUUAAAGCCAUUCAAGACCAGAUGAACAGAACACGGCAAGAGGUCGGUCGGCAACAGCUUCAAGCUGAAGAGCUCAAGCAGCAAAAGAUGCCCCAGGCCCAAACCCAGACUGGACCCACCGCCAGAGAAAUCGUGUCUUCUUCCAGCAUGGCUGAGGUGUUGUCUCUCACCGAGCAGGUGAAGGCUGCAUCGGCGAAGCAGUCACCGGUUCCCCAGUCACCUUGGGCGAAGAUUGACACUGCGCUGCCGCAGCCUUUCCCACCACCACAAUCUAGUUCCCCCCUACCUGCCCCCGCAGCGCAGCGGAAGCAGAAUCUGGCCGAUGCUUUGAACGAAAGCUCACGCUCACGAUCGGAGACCCCUUCGGUCGACACACCCAAUGCCUCUAUCGCGCCGUGGGCCAAGGAGCCCAGCGAAGCACCCAAAGGCCCAUCGCUCAAGGAAAUCCAAGAGGCCGAAGCCCGCAAGGCUGCACAGCAGGAGGAACUAGCAGCAGCAGUCCGCAAAGCUGCUCUCGAAAAGGAGAUGUUCGCCCAAGCCACGCAGCAGGCGCCAGCCCCUGGUUUGCCGUCCAGCUCAACGUGGGCCAGUACCGCUUCGCCAGUCAACCCCACCGCCUUCGCUCCCUCGGCUUGGACUAAGCCUAUUGCCAGCAAACCGGCUAGCACAGCGACACCUACCAAGAAGACGCUCCAGCAGAUCCAGAAGGAGGAAGAGGCACGAAAGCAGCGUGCCGCCGCCGCCGCCGCCGCCGCUGCGUCCAUUGCCUCCUCCGUCGCUAUCCCUGCGCAAGCCUUAGCCACAGGCAAGCGCUAUGCCGAGCUCGCGAAGCAAGCCGCGCCCUCACCCAGCAACGCUGGCGGCGUGUGGACGACAGUCGGCGCGAGUGGCAAGGUCAAGACGCCCGCUGCUCCUGUUCUGGCUGCGCCAGCUGCAGCCGUCAGAGCUCCUACCAGUGUUGCUACUCCGUCUGCGGCUGCGAAGCCGAAGCCGGCGCCGGUCAGGAGCGUGACAAGCGGGCAGGUCAAUGCGCAGGAGGAGUUCAGGAAGUGGGCCGUUGCUGAGCUGAAGGGUGAUAUUAGCGCCGGUAUUAAUGUCAACGACUUCAUCACAACCCUCGUAACCCUCGGCUCCGCCGCCGACACCGACAUCAUAACCGAAUCCGUGCACGCCAUCUCCAAAACCAUUGACUCGCGGCAUUUCGCAGAGGAGUUUGUAAGGCGGCGCAAGCUGGCUGAUAAGGGGAUUGUUGAGGCCAGCGGCACGGCUAGUCCCGCUACGGAGCCCAAGACAGGGGCGGGGGCGGGGUGGAGCGAGGUUGCGAAGAAGGGGCCGCUGGUGGGUAGGGAAAGGGAGGAGGUUGGGGGGAGUGGGUUUAAGGUUGUUCCGGCUAAGAAGAAGGGGGGAAAGAAGUAG